CGCAACCCUACCUACCUAGCAGAGGAGGACAAGGCAGCCAUCGCAUAGCAUGGGUGCGCCAGCGACAUAUUCUGCGCCUUGUGAGCAUCGCUCUGCUGCUUCCAAGAGACUCAUCAUCAACUGACGCACCGCCAUUAUCAUUCCACAGGGCCCAUCUUUGCCUUGGCGUGGUCCUCAAAUGGAGCAUCGACGUCGUCAUCGUCAUCGUCUUCUGGUUCGCUGCGGAGAAGUCAGAGAGAACGAGACGAUGCAAGCUCAGGCAUGCCCUUUGGCUCUCGACUAGCCAUUGGGAGCAUCGUUGAGGAAUACUCAAACACAAUCCAGGUCCUUGGACACGUCGGCGAGCGCGAUGCUGCGGGUCAACCUCGUCUAUCAUGCCUCGCCUCAGCCAAUCACCUCUAUCCUGCAACAAAAGUAGCCUUCCAGCCGUCGUCCCUCUCUACGUCAUCGUCCUCAGAUCGGGAUCGCGGCUACAUGUCCCCUUCCUCCAAGUCAGCAAAACGAGCGUCAUGGGGUGCCAAUCAAGGCUCUCCAUCGCCCCUGGUUCCCAAUGAGGAGUCCCACGACGGUUACCCGAAUCGAGAGCUCCUGGCGUCCACAGCUGAUUGCUUGCGGAUAUGGGAGUGCGCGAGAAAUGCGGAUUCGUCGGUUGCGCCUUGGGAGUCAGAAGAGGAUGAGGCCUCAUAUGGUGGGGCAGGAUCAGGCUCGAACGGCUACGCGGGGAGUAGAGGAAGACAUGCCAAUGCGAAUGGCAAGACAAGGUUCAGCUUGAGAGAGAAGAGCGUACUAGCACAUUCCAAGACCUCCAUGUCCCCACCGGCACCCCUCACGUCCUUCUCUUGGAAUCAGCCUUCCCCAAACCUAAUCGUUACCUCCUCGAUAGACACGACGUGCACAAUCUGGGACCUACCAACAAGGACCGCCCUCACCCAGCUGAUAGCGCACGACCGCGAAGUCUACGACGUCGACUGGUGCCCAGGAUCCAGCGACGUCUUCGCUUCGGUGGGCGCAGACGGUUCAGUGCGCGUCUUUGAUCUGCGGUCGUUGGAGCAUUCGACUAUCAUUUACGAGACGGCAGGACCACCCCCGCCCGCUUCAACAUCCAGACCAGGGACGGGCAUGUCGACCAGUAGCUCGUCGCGCAAUGGGUCCACGGCGGGAGGAGGAAAUGCGGCUGGGCCCGCGGCUCCCUUGUUGCGCAUCGCCUUCAAUCCUUGGGAUGCAAAUUACCUAGCCACCUUCCACCUCGAGUCUGAUUCGAUCCAGAUCCUGGACGUACGCGCCCCUGGGCUGCCCAUCCUAGAGCUCAAGGGACACAAGGCCGGGAUCAAUGCUGUAGCGUGGGGACCACCUUCACUCGCUGGUACCAGCAACAGCCUCACUACGACACCUGGUGGUAGCUCCAACAGGGAUAGCAGCGGGGCGUCAACGUCGAGCUCCUCCUCAUCCAUCUCAAAAGGCAUGAUCUGUACAGCAUCAGAUGAUGCCCAAGUCCUCGUGUACGACUUAGCCUCAAGUACUUUACGAUCCGCUUCUGCGCAAGGCAGACGGUCUCGCAACUCGACAGCGGCGGCGGCGGCGGCAGCAGCAGCAGCAGCCCAAGCCUCUCCAGGCACCCCUGGGCACCGUCAUCAGCAUUCGCUCUCUCAUUCCCUCUCCUCCGCCUCGCUGGCUAGCUCCUCAGGCUGGGGUAGCGGCACACCCGUCGAGCACCCAUUCUUGGCGUACGAGGCGCAGGAGAUGGUCAAUAAUGUUGCGUGGUUCAGGCCGGGCGGCAACGCGCCGCCUGGCGGGACAGGACAGCAUGGGAGGAGCGCCUCGAUGGAGUGGAGUGAGCUGACUGCUAACGCUUCGCGAACGGGAGGGAAUGGCAACGGGAAUGGAGGAGGCGGACAAGGGGGAACGAGGCAGGAUUGGAUGGCUUGCGUUGCGGGAAGGGAAUUGAGGGCUAUGCGCGUUAGCUAGAGCAGGCAGGAGCAGGUGCGAGCUGUACAAGAUCGACGCGGGCGACGACGACUCAGUCGCGCCGCCGUAAUGGAAGAGCAACGUCUUUCUCAGUUUUUCCUCCGCAAGAUCAGCUCAGUUGGGCCACGAGUGACUCGAAGACGGUCGAAUUGGUAGCUGACUAAUGCUCUAUGAAGGGGGAAGCUCGGAGAAGAUGGGCACAAGGAAACCAUGAUAGAUAGAACGAAAAGAUUGGAAAAAGGAC